AUGGCUGAGCUGAUAGACCAGGUGAGGAAACACCAUCCUAUGGGAACCAUCCACACCGAGAGCCGUCCAAUCCCACGACUACAGGGGACGCUGCCGCAGAGACCCUCCCCCACCCCCACACCCAGACAGAGAGGAGUUCCACCCGUGGUUCUGUCUGCAGGCGGGAGCGACUGCCUGCGAGCUGGAGACACCUGUUCCAGCGACGACACCUGCAGCCCGCGACUGCGCACCCUCAGGCAGUGCGUGGCCGGAGACGGCAGCGUCAAACUGGGUCCAGGAGCGCGAAACCAGUGUGAGAAUGCCAUGACGGCACUUCUCUCCACCCCUCUGCACGGCUGCCAGUGUAAACGAGGGAUGAAGAAGGAGAAGAACUGUCUGAGUAUCUACUGGAGCCUCCACCAGUCUGUGCUACACGGACUCAGCCUGGUGGAGAGCUACCCAUACGAACCAGAGGAGAGGGGCUCCGACUACGUUCGUCUGGCGUCCAUUGCUGCAGAGUCUGAAGUAACGACAGUGAACCGCUGCCUGGAUGCUGCCAAGGCGUGUAACAUAGAUGAGACAUGUCAGAAGCUUCGUACGGAGUACGUCUCAUCCUGCAUCCAGCCAUCGGCCCGCUCGGGGCCAUGUAAUCGACCAAAGUGCAACAAGGCACUGAGGAAGUUCUUUGACCGCGUUCCCCCUGACUACACCCAUGAGCUGCUGUUCUGUCCCUGCACUGACACGGCCUGUGCAGAGCGCCGCAGGCAAACCAUCGUGCCAUCCUGCUCCUACGAAGAGAAGGAGAAGCCCAACUGCCUGGUCCAACUGCGGCUCUGCAAGUCAGAUUAUGUGUGCAGGUCUCGCUGGGCACAGUUCCAGUACGACUGCCAGCCCUCCGAGCUGAGCACCAACGGCUGCAAGCAGGAGAACUACGGAGCAUGUCUUCUCGCAUACACCGGCCUGAUAGGAAGCACAACAACCCCCAACUACCUUGACAACUCUACAUCCAACGUGGGACCGUGGUGCUCGUGCGCAGCAAGUGGCAACCACAAGGAGCAAUGCAGUGACUUCCUGGCUUUCUUCCAUGACAACGUUUGCUUGAAAAAUGCCAUCUCGGCCUUUGGGAACGGAUCAGAUCAGAAAACGGACGUCAGUCAGCCCGGGAUGGCCAGUCCAGCGACAGGCAAGCAGAGCCCGCAGUCGGCCACCACCGCCUCCGGCAUCGCCAUGGAAACAGAGCAGAACGUUCUGCGGGCACAAAUACCUACUCAGGUAAACGAGAAUGAGAGAUUGUGGGGCGACGAGGGCGACUCCACUCUUCCCUCUCCGAGCCUUUCGGGCGGUGGACCCGGGCCCGUGGGCCUGGCCCCGCUGCUGGUGCCGGCCUCCCUGCUGACGGUGCUGCUCUCCCGCCCAUAGGAGGCUGCGUUUACGUGCUCUGCACAGACGAGACUCCAGAUCCACGGGGUCGCUGGGGGGCGGGGGGGGUUGAGGCUCCAAUGAGAAACAGCCAUUUCUAUGUGUGAGUGAUGGUGGAAGAAAAACGGUGGCCACUCUCCUGCCCCGCUCCCCUCCCCCCCGUCCGUCACAGGAAUCACUCUUACUCUCUUUUGUGAAUCAUGACUCAGACCAGAAGUGUUGUGAAGCCCACGCCCUCCAGAGGACCGUACCGGGGGAGGGGAGGAGACAGGAAACCCCACAUCAUUCCCUGCUUCACGCCUGGCCAGUCACUAACUUUUACACCUUGCACACACUCGGACUACUCUCAUCUGAACAUAACGUGGAGGCAGCGGUGGGAAGGAAGGCCCGGUGGGCUCGGAUCGUGUACAGCAGAGACACUGAAGGAGCAGUGCAAGGAAACAAAAAAAUAUAUAUAUAUAUAUCAAACAAAACAUGCUCUCUUUUCUUUCUCUUUUCUUUUCUCGAACAUUCCUUGAUGUAUAAGAAAAAACAUUAAAUGUUAAGACGUUUCGCUCAGAUGAAGUGUUACAUGAGAUUUCUUGGUGGAACGUGCGUGUUAGUCCACAUGCAGCACUUUGCCCAUUUAGCUUUGCUCUUUGUUUUUUUGAUGCCACGAUUUAUAUUUUCAAUAAAUGUGAUCUGAAAUGUUAGAUGGAAGCACAUGUUAUAAUCGAGUAAAAAAAACAAAAAACAUCAGUGAAAUCUUGGACUGUUUGCUACAGUAUGUGUUUUAAGUGGAAGGUGUGAAGAGUUCAUUUCCAAAUCAAACAGAAACAUAACAUUUCAACAACAUGAAAAAGAGCUCUAAAAGUAUUUUAAGUUAACGCAGAACUUCUCUUUUUACUUUUUUUUUUUUAACGCAUCCAGCCAGCCUGAAUGGUCAGAUUUCACUUCCUGUAAAUUGUCAGUACCUCACCUUGGAAGGGAACUCUUCAUACACAUAACUCACUCUGCAUACAUUCAGCUUUAAUGUGAGGCCCGUUGAAGGACUUUUGGGUCUAUUACUCUUCAAACGUGUGACAACCGAUCAUGUGAGCUUGGUGAAGCAGCAACAGAUUGAGACAAGUUUAUAUUUUUAAAUGUAAGUGAACUGUGUCACGACGUGUAUGAAUAUCUGUGACUGGGUUUGUGACCGAUUUGCCGUCGUGUGAGAA